AUGGGGAAGUCAAGGGGGUUAGCCACCGAGGGCUCCCGGAACGGAAAAGCAGAUAGCGAUUGGUUUGCAUUCACCAACCAGAUCCUAGCUGCAAGUGCAUCUGGUGUGCAGUACAGAGUAUGUGCAACUGCGAUUCCUCUCCCGCGGACCGACUCGACAUACAUCAAAAGGAUGGGCGGCGGUCAUGUGUAUUCCGGGACGACCUCUUGGCCUGUCGGCAGACGGAUGAAUACGGGACCUUGCAGAGGGCGUUUUCAUUCAAAACGCGUCAAGAGGACGCCGGAUGGAAUAUACAAGGGGGGAAACGGGUGA